AUGUACAAUAAAAAGUUGAAGCAAAAGUUCAUUAAGAGGACUAAAUUAAAAGAAGAUGACCCCUUAGUUGUUGAACAUGUAUUGUCGGAUAAUGAGUGGAUAGCUGCCCCAAGUGAUGAUGAGGAAGAUGAUAUUGUAGGUGGCGGGGAAUUAGGGGAGAAAGAUGGCGAGGCAAUUGGAAGACCUAGAGGUGGCAGGGUAACUGGAAGACCUAGAGGUGGCGGGACAAUUGGGGAAGGAAGUGGAACUAGAAAAAAGAAAGAUGUUCAAGUAAAUUUGAUUGACGAGGAUGAAUAG